AUGAGCAUCAGCACUUUCAACUUCCAGUUCUACAACUACAAAAUGCCUGCGGCUAUGGGCUGCAGCACGUCGCGCUCUUCAUCGUCGUUCAUCAGCGAGCUGGAAAUGGACAUUGAUGAGGAGAUGUCCUCGCCGGCCGUCACCUCCACGCCCAAGCCGCGCUUCACCACGGAACUGGCCCUCCAGCUGCAGCGCGAGUCCCCGCAAACUCCGGCAAAGACCACACUCCCUGGCCUCAGGCCUCAACUUCACACGCCCCAGAAGCGCUGGUCCAUGGAGCUGCGCGAGAAGGUCCUGGAAAUGUCCAAGCGCAACAACGGCUCCGAUGGGGAGGAGCAACAACCACAGACCACAGAGCAGGAACAGCCACAGCAACAGCAACAAAAACAGCUGCAGCAGGAACAGGAAAAGUCAGGGCAGCACAACGGGGACCCUAAUGUGGCCCCGACUGUCACUGACAAAAUUAACUUCUUCAACAAGCUGACCAACACCUUCGAGUCCACACGGAGCGGAGCCACCGCCACCGGCACCGGCACCGCCAACAGCAGCAAAUGCCAUAACAACAAUCGCUUCAUUUCCCUGCUGCGCUCCACUCGGCCACAGGGCAUUGCCACCACAAGCUCCUCCAACAACAGCAGCCUCAGUGGCACCUCCGUCCUCAGCCAAGUGCCGCCCCCGAAGCCCAAGCGCUUGAUGGCCACCGCCCCGCCCGGCUCCACAUUCGCCAUGCCCUCGUCGAUGGGCAUGGGCGGCAGCCAGCGCAAGAGCUCGCUGCGGCGGAAGCCCUCCAUGGACAAGUCGAGGGCCACGAUUUCGCGCCAGAACUCGAGCGCCUCGGUGCGGCCCCAGCACCAUGCCAUCAUGGAGGAUCUCAGCCUCGUGGUGCCCGUCCGACUGCGCAUCGCCGAGUACGAGCAACGCAUCUCCAUGAGUGCCUAG